UCACAUACGUCUUAAAGCGAACUGAUAACAAUUUAUGAAAAGCACGCUGUCUUUAAAGUAGUUUAUUAAAAGCAAGAGUUGAGUUGUUAUUAAUCCAUAAUGAAUCAGGAAAAUUUUAUUGCUGCCUUGUUUAUUCUACAAGAUGUCGCCUGGUCGUUCUUGCUAGAUGGGACACGUGACCUCUCACGCUGCCCUUCAUCUGUACCACGUGACGGGUACCUGUUCGUGCAGGAGGAGAGAUGUUACCAGUUUGUCAUAUUUCAGGAGAAAUACUGGGUUGAUGCCAGGAACGACUGCAACAACAAAGGAGGCAGCCUGGUGAUCAUUAAAGAUCAGCAGACCCAGCAGUUCAUCAUGGCGUCGCUUGGUUACCUUGGCAACAGCAAACAAGGAAUCUGGAUCGGGCUGUCUGACAGUCGCAAAGAAUUACAAUGGGAAUGGGUGAACGGCGAGCCCCUGAGCGGAUACAGCAACUGGGCGGGCAAGGAAGGCGGGGCCAAUGGGCUGCACCUAACACAGGACUGCGCGCAGAUUCGCUGGGAUGACCACGGGCUCUGGCAUGACAAGGAGUGUCACCUCUGGCCGCAGACAUUCUCGUACAUUUGCCAGUUUGAUAUGAAACCAAAAACAACAACAACAACAACAACAACUACUACUACAACUAAACCAACAUCGAUACCAGGAACUACACCAACACCAACAGUGACGUCAUCAACUACACCGAUACCACCAACAACGUCAUCAACUACACAGAUACCACCAACAACGUCAUCAACUACACAGAUACCACCAACAACGUCAUCAACUACACAGAUACCACCAACAACGUCAUCAACUACACAAAUACCACCAACAACGUCAUCAACUACACAGAUACCAACAACGACGUCAACAACUACACCAAUACCAACAAUGAUGUCAACAACUACACCAAUACCAACAUCGAUGUCAUCAACUACACCAAUGCCAACAGUGACGUCAUCAACAACACCAAUAACAACAAUGACGUCAUCAACUACACCAUUGCCAUCAAUGACGUCAUCAAUUACACCACUGCCAACAAUGACGUCAUCAAUGACACAAAUACCAACUGUGACGUCAUCAACUUCACCAAUACCAACAAUGACGUCAUCAACUACACCAAUACCAACAAUGACGUCAUCAACUACACCACUGCCAACAUCGACGUCAAACACUACUCCCUUUCUGACAACGAUGUCAAACAUUACUGCGUUUGUAACAACGAUGUCAACAGCGACAACUGUUCAAGUAUUUCAAGAUGGCGACUGCAACUUUGACAACAAACAAAUAUGUGAGUGGACUAACGUAGCCUUCGGUGAUGAUUUUGAUUGGACGAUUCACCAGUCGGCCACGCCCACUGCCGGUACAGGGCCGGAAAACGACCACACAACCGGAACAGCUCAGGGCUCGUAUGUUUACAUCGAAACGAGCGCACCACGGAAGCUGGGCGACAAGGCCUGGCUGCUCGGACCGGAAAUCACAGCCUACCAGACGAUAUGUCUGUUCCUUCUGGUACAACAUGAACGGCGAGAGCGCGGCAACGCUGAGUGUAUACAUGUCCAGCAACGGCACUUUGCCUGGUACUCAGCUGUGGAAACGGACCGGGAACAAGGGGAUUGAGUGGCGGGAAGGGCGGGUGCCUCUAAUGACGUCAUCGCUUUCAAAAUAUAAAGUUCUAUUCGAAGCUACCGUGGGUGACGGUUACCUAGGUGAUAUUGCGAUCGAUGACGUCACGUUUUUACAGGAAGAUUGUCAAGGACAACCGGGCUCCAUGCUGUCACGCAAAGUGCUUUCUGGGAGAUAGUGGCUUUAUUUGAUAUCCGUGUUGAAAUAUUUAAUAUAAAAUAUACUCUCUUAUAAACAUCAGUACUUAGUAAAUAUCAAUACACGGUGGUUAUACGGAUGCAAGUCGUGAGUACAUUCGGGCACGCGAUUCUCAUUUCAACAUUAGCCAUGUAGGCAAAACUGGAAUGCGGUUUAGAAAAAGAUGAAUCGGAACGUCAAAUUAUAGUUUUACCCAAUGGAAAAUAAUUUGAUUUGUACAAUCGAUAAAUCCAUUAUGUAAAUUUGACAUGUACAAUGUUGGAAGAUCCCAACAAUAAUGAGCAGAUAUUUUCAUGCAACACAAUUGUUGUUCGAGAUAAAACACAACUUUGUCGGUAAAUUUGAUCUAAAUGAAUUGAAUUUCUGUAAAACGCAAAUUGUUAUUAUGGUACAACGGAAAAAAUGUAAUUGUAUUUAAUAAUUAUAAUUAUUACUUAAAAUUGCGAAAAUAACAUGUUGACAAAUGGCA